GGCUCGUGACGUCUCGGUGCAAACAGACGGGGAGUCGGGAGAGCUCUACUACACCGAGAAGGAGAGCGAGUCAGUACACCAGAGAACAGCCCAGAGGCACGCAUGACAAGGAAGGAGUGGCCGGUCCCUUCAAAUAUUAAGGCACUACCUUGGAAAACGAGAGCUUGUUGUUUUUUCCUCAGUCCGUGUGUAUGUAGGUGAAACCGGAGCAUGUCACUAUGACAACGUGUGGACUUUACAUAGUAAGUUAGCCUUCUUCAUCUCAGUAGAUAUCACAGCCGCGGCAGUCGUGUAGGACUGUCAGUUGUCAAGCCUCGAAGAAGCCGUAGAAGACAGUCAUGGAACAGAGACUCGCUACAGUGGUCAGCUAGCGUCUUAUGUGCCCAUUCUUCAAGAUCAGAGGAGAAGCCGAGGACAGCGCGCCUGGAGCGGCUCGAGCAGGAUGGAUUUCAGCAGCCUUCGGAGCCUCAUCACUCGAUACUGUACAGGGGAGGAGAGCUGGGUGGACAGCAGGACCGUUUAUAUUGGAAAUAAAGUGCCUCCACCAGGAACAGAAGCGUACAUUAUACAGAGAUUUCCUGAUAACAGAAUCGUCUCCUCAAAGUAUACUUUCUGGAAUUUCAUACCGAAGAAUCUCUUUGAACAGUUCAGAAGAAUCGCCAAUUUCUAUUUUCUGAUCAUCUUUCUAGUGCAGCUGAUCAUUGACACACCUACCAGUCCUAUGACCAGCGGUCUGCCUCUUUUCUUUGUCAUCACUGUCACAGCCAUUAAACAGGGCUAUGAGGACUGGAUCAGGCACAAAGCGGACAAUGCUGUAAACCAGUGUCCAGUCCAUGUCAUCCAGGAUGGCAAAGUUGAACGCAAACAGAGUCAAAAGCUACAGGUGGGUAAUAUUGUCCAGGUGAAGGAGAAUGAGACGUUUCCUUGUGACCUCAUACUGCUCUCCACCAGUAGAGAAGAUGGAACAUGUUUUGUCACGACAGCCAGCUUAGAUGGAGAGUCCAGCCAUAAGACCUAUUAUGCAGUUCAGGACACAAAGGCAUUCAACACAGCAGAGGAGGUGGAAACACUGCAAGCCACGAUAGAAUGUGAACAACCCCAGCCAGACCUGUACAAAUUUGUGGGACGCAUCAAUAUUUAUUUGGAUCGAAAUGAGCCCAUCGCAAGACCCCUGGGUUCUGAGAACUUGCUGCUGCGUGGAGCCACACUGAAAAACACAGAAUACAUACAUGCUGUGGCCGUCUAUACGGGUAUGGAAACCAAGAUGGCCCUCAACUACCAGUCCAAGUCUCAGAAACGCUCCGCUGUUGAAAAGUCUAUGAACGCCUACCUGAUCGUGUACCUCUGCAUUCUGAUCAGUAAAGCUCUGAUCAAUACUGUCCUGAAGUAUGUCUGGCAGGCCAACCCUAACCGAGAUGAGCCCUGGUACAACCAGAAAACUGAGACUGAGAGGCAACGGCAUGUAUUAAUCCGGGCAUUCACAGAUUUCCUCGCCUUCAUGGUUCUGUUCAACUACAUCAUUCCCGUGUCCAUGUAUGUGACUGUGGAGAUGCAGAAGUUCCUUGGCUCGUACUUCAUCCUGUGGGAUGAUGACAUGUUUGAUGAGGAGAUCGGAGAGAGGCCGCUUGUCAAUACCUCAGAUCUUAAUGAAGAACUUGGACAGGUGGAAUAUGUCUUCACAGACAAGACUGGCACUUUGACAGAAAAUAACAUGGAGUUGAGGGAGUGUUGUGUGGAUGGGCAUGUUUAUGUGCCACAUGCAAUCUGUAACGGGCAGAUCUUACCUGGAGCUGCAGAAAUGGACAUGAUCGACUCCUCUCCGGGUAUAGAUGGAAAGGAACGAGAGGAGCUGUUUUUCCGUGCACUGUGCCUCUGUCACACAGUCCAGGUGAAGGAAGAGGAGACAGUGGAUGGCAUUAAGAGAGGAAUCCAUCAGGGCAAAUCCACCUCCUUCUACAUCUCCUCCUCUCCAGAUGAGGUUGCACUGGUGGAGGGCAUGAAAAGGUUGGGCUUCACUUAUCUCCGUCUGAAGGACAGUCACAUGGAGAUCCUCAACAGAGAGGAUGAGAUGGAGAGAUUUGAGCUGUUGGAGGUGUUGAACUUUGAUUCAGUGAGGAGGAGAAUGAGUGUUAUUGUAAGAUCGAGCUCAGGAGAGUACUACUUGUUCUGUAAAGGUGCAGAUUCUUCUAUUUUCCCACGGGUGGUUUCUGGGAAGGUGGAGCAGGUCAGAGCGCGAGUAGAGCACAAUGCUGUGGAGGGCUUACGGACUCUUUGUGUGGCUUAUAAGAAACUGACUCAUGAGGAGUAUGAGCAAACGUGCCAUCUCCUGAGCAGCGCUAAACUAUGUUUGCAUGAGCGCGACAAGAAACUGGCUGAAGCUUAUGAUGUCAUCGAAAAGGAUUUCAUCCUGCUGGGAGCCACGGCUGUGGAAGACAGGCUGCAGGAUAAAGCGGCUGAAACCAUUGAGUCCCUGCACAAGGCUGGUAUGAAGGUUUGGGUCCUCACAGGGGACAAAAUGGAGACGGCAGCAGCCACAUGCUAUGCUAGCAGGUUAUUCCAUCGCAAUACACAGAUCCUGGAACUGACAACCAAGCGGACAGAGGAGCAGAGUCUCCAUGACGUCCUGUUUGAUCUGAGCAGAACUGUCCUGAGACAACAUGGCAGCAUGACCAGGGACAUUUUCUCAGGGCUCUCAGGUGAUUACCAAGACUAUGGGCUGAUAAUCGAUGGGGCAACACUGUCAGCUGUACUGAGGCCAACACAGGAUGUAAUCAGCAAUGGAGGAAACUACAAGGAGAUUUUCCUGGAAAUCUGCAGGAACUGCAGCGCUGUUCUCUGCUGUCGCAUGGCACCCUUACAAAAAGCACAGAUCGUUAAGCUGAUAAAAGCAUCAAAAGAACACCCCAUCACGCUGGCCAUCGGGGACGGAGCCAAUGAUGUCAGCAUGAUUCUGGAAGCUCACGUGGGAAUCGGGAUCAUGGGGAAAGAGGGGCGUCAGGCGGCCCGCAACAGUGACUAUGCGAUUACCAAGUUCAAACACCUGAAGAAGAUGCUGCUGGUUCAUGGGCACUACUACUACAUUAGAAUCGCUGAGCUGGUCCAGUACUUCUUCUAUAAGAAUGUGUGCUUCAUCUUCCCUCAGUUUCUCUAUCAGUUCUUCUGUGGCUUCUCUCAGCAGCCACUGUAUGACACAGCAUAUCUGACCCUGUACAAUAUCAGCUUCACCUCAUUACCCAUCCUCCUCUACAGUCUGAUGGAGCAGCACAUCAACAUGGACAUCCUCAAACGGGACCCCUCUCUCUAUAGAGAUAUUGCCAAGAAUUCCCUGCUGAGAUGGCCCACUUUCAUCUACUGGACACUUCUGGGGGUUUUUAAUGCCGUAGUCUUCUUCUUUGGUGCUGUCUUCCUUUUCGACAACACAACCUUCACCAGCAACGGCCAGCUAAUGGCCACCAACACACAGAUGAUGUUUGGAAACUGGACCUUUGGAACACUUGUGUUCACUGUCCUGGUGUUCACGGUCACACUAAAGCUUGCCCUGGACACACAUUACUGGACAUGGAUCAACCACUUUGUCAUAUGGGGGUCACUGCUAGUCUAUGUCAUCUUCUCCCUCCUGUGGGGAGGCAUCAUUUGGCCUUUCCUGAACUAUCAGAGGAUGUACUAUGUGUUCAUGCAGAUGUUGUCCAGCGGUCCUGCAUGGCUCAGUAUAAUUCUGCUGAUUAUCGUCUGUCUGCUGCCUGAUGUGGUGAAGAAAGUGCUGUGUAGAGCUCUAAGGCCCACCACCACUGAGAAAAUACAGAAUGCCGAUAAGUUGUAUAAGGGCCACCUGUCCGAGUUCACCCCCCUGUCCUCCCUCCAAGCUCCACCUACACGGAAACACGACAGACGUGGCAACGAAAGCCAGAACCACACCCAUCGCAGGUCUGACUCCUCCCCUCCCAAAAAACUGAUGUGUACAUACUGGGGGGGCCGGCCUGACUACUGCACCUUCAGCUCCUUCCUCCGAAUAGGAGAAAACCCAAGAUUUUCUGGGGCAGCUUAUGCCUACCGCGCACCAGGGCCCGAGACAUCCGUAUGACAGUCUCUCUAGAAACAGUCUAAUUAUCAAAUCAAAAUCAGCCUCCAUUAUUCCAGAGUCAAGAUUGGGACACUAUUUGGAGACCAAUCUUGGCUUGUUACCCUUAAUCUGAAACUAAAGCACUGAAAUGUGUUCUUGUGAUAUACACUAAUGGGCUACUGAUGCUGUGUGUUAAUUAAGAAGCUGGAGGAAGGCCAAACAGAAUUGGCCGUACCAUUUGCAAAUGUGUGGCAUACUGCGUUUAACGGCCUUGGGACCUAUUUACCUUGUUUUCUUUGUGUGAGCGUUUUCCCUUUACACUGUGGGUUUACAUGUUCGUUCACCUACCCUUUUAAUUCUUCAUGUGAAAAAUUACUUGAAAACUACACUGGUCAGUAGUUGCACAAACCCUUCCAUCUCAAACACAACCCCUACAAGCUAAAUGUUAAUGUGGAUGACAGUUGGCCUUGCAUGCUCUAAAAACUGACCGUCCUGUUUUUUUUCUUCUUCUUCUUCUUUUUCUCUGUCGUCUCCCCUUCCCUUUUUUGUCCUGUGCUCCUUCUCUUUUCUUCUACUUUUUUUAUAGAGCAAACUGGGGUUGCCUUUGUGCAAACCUGUUAUCGAGGAACACUCCAUAGCCUGCGAUUUUCUUUGUCCGAUUGCAUUGUAAGUGGCUAGAUUCGGCCAUUUCUGUUGCUGCACUGUACUAGAACGAACUAGGUGUGUAUGUGUACGAGUGUGUGCGCGUGUAUGUGUGUGUGAGAACGUAGGCCUUUGUUAGAACAACUACAUGAAGACAAAUUGUAACUGGACUGUCAUUAUGUUUCACCCUUUAACUUUCAAAAAGGUGGAAAUCAACUCAUGUUCUACUCUUCCAAAGUUUGCUAAACCAUUGACUUGUGUGAUCAUGACAACCAGUUACUCUUUCCAAGCUGAAUUUGCUUUAAAAUUCUGUAGUUCCCUAUGUAUAAUCAGUCCUUUAGUUUCUGUAGAAUAGAUCCAGAUACAGGAUGCUAAAGGCUACACUAGCUACCUUAGCUUAACUGUUCUGCCUUAAUGCUAACAUUUCCCAUCUUUACACCGCAGUUUGGAACCAAAGGUCUUGAAAUACGGAUAUAUACAUACAUACAUAUAUAUAUAUAUAUAUAUAUAUAUAUAUAUAUAUAUAUAUAUAUAUAUAUAUAUAUAUAUAUAUAUAUAUAUAUAUAUUUGCGUUAGUUGCCUUAUGCUCAAAAAGAAAUGGAGGGAAAGUGUUUGACGGCAUUAGAAGAAUCCUACCACACUGCCUUAAGUUGACAUUGCACCAGCUGAGGAUGGAGACCGAUAAAUGCCACCAACAUGGCCCAGGGCUCCUGAAGAGACAUUUCAUAGUUCUGUUGGUGUAAACAUCUUUUUGCAUUCACAAAAAUUACAAAAUAACUUCUUCGUCUGCAUAUUUUCAUGAUUGUAGCAUCCUGUCUGACUGUUCCCAAAGCAUUUUGUCUGUAUUAAUGUAACUGUUGGAGCCCUCUGCUGGGUUGCUAUCAAUUCUUUGUUGCACAUUACUAAUUUAUGAUCUGAUAUAAAUAAGUUGGAUAUAAUUAGACUGAGACUGUUCACAAACUCAUUAAACCAACAGUCCAAUCAAGGUCAGCAUCACAGAUGGCCUGUCUUGGGCACUAUGGUCAGAGAAAUGGCUCCUUUCUAGUGUGCAGAACACAGAAGAUGAGCUUUUUGAAAUGAUUCCCUGGGAUAUGUGCCUCACACCUGAUGACUUUUCUGUUUAAAAUUACUUUUUCAUAAUGUAUUGUGAAGUGUUCAGUUCCAUCUCCAUCUUGUCAAUGAAUUCAAAAUCACUGAUUUGAAUUGAGUGUGAAUGCAAUUCAGUUUAAUUUCCAAAUAACAAACUGAACACCUGAUGGCUUACCUGUUCAAAAUAUCAUUUUCAUAAAAAUAUUGUGAAGUACAUUCAAUUCAAUCUCUGUCCCAUGAAUGAAUUCAAAUUCACAUCGAUUUGAAUUGAAUUUGAAUUGAGUGUGAAUGCAUUCAAGUUUAAAUUCCAGGUAACACUGUUACACAAACCAAACUAAAAAAUCAAACCAUUUGAUCAUCAAAACCACAUCUGUUUGUCUGCAUGACUCUUUCCCUGCCGUCCUUCACAUUCCAUGCCUGUGUGUUUUUUUCUGAUCACAUUGAUUCUGGAAUGUAGUGUUGUUUUCCUGGAGCUUUCAUCUUUUCAUCUCAACUUCUCUCCUCACAUGUGUUUCCUUCGCUCACCUGUCAUUCAGUUCUCAUGAUGAGGCCAAUCUCCCAUUUCACCAUUUUAACCAUCAUCCAUGAAAGAGAGAGAAAGUAGGUGAUGUCAAAGACUAUCAAGACCACUGUUUUGAUGGUUACUCAGAGCUUCUUUUGGGUAGAUGCCUUCUGGUGCUUUCUAACCUCAGUGUAUGUUAACGCAUUCAAUUCAAUUCAGCAAAGUGUUGAAUUCUGGGAAACUCCAGUGUACAUAUACAUGUGUUUUCAUUGCCCGUCAGUCAGCCUGCAACAGAGCAUGUCAGAUUAAAGAAUGGCAUUAUGGAUGUAGCUAGUUUUUUAAAGGACGUAAGAGUUAUUUUUUAAACCAUUUUUUGGGUUAAUGUUGAUUGACUGUCACAGAAUAGUAAAAAAAGAAUGUCCUUUUUCAUGCACACAUUAUAUCUAAAUAUUGACUAUAUUGAUGAGUAUAUUGAUGUCAAGGUUUACAAAGGCUGUCUAUGAAUGAAUGAAUGAAUGGCAAAAUUAUUGAACAUGUCGACUGAGUAACUAUGUUUCUGGUCCAAAAGUGUAUUAUUUAAUUUGUAUGAAUGUAAAAUCUAAAGUCAAACACUGUCUAUUUUAUUGAUUAUCGAGGUCUGAACAUUGCAUGUCGUGUGAUGCAGUAGUAAUGGACCAACCACUGAGCUUUAUCACAUCAUAUUCUAAUUUAUAUAAACCACUUUUAUACCUUUGGUUCAAAUUUUCACUUCAGAACAGGUGACUCACAAGUACUACUCAAUGCUAGCAAAUCUGAAAUAAAACAAUGUGCUUUUACAUGGAUUCUCAAGUUAUGAUUUUUAUGUAGCCUAGAUUAAUAUAAUAGGGGUAAACUAAUUCAUUUCAUGUUUUUACUGUUAUUUUUGUUUUGCAUUCUACUGUUUUGACUAUUUUGUUCACUAUUACAGUUCUGUCUGGCCUCCUGAAUGUAAAAAAAAAGAAAAAAGCCACUAUUGUGCUAUAAACAAAAAUUUCAUAGCGUUAAUUGGAUAGCCGUGAAUGACAACUACAAAAGAACGUGGUUCUAGAACAAAUGUCCCUUCACAAAUGUUUUGUUCUUGUUUUGAUCAAAUUCUUAUUUGAAAAGUAGAACUGUUUUUUUAACGUAGGAAUAAUUUGAUCACUGAACGCCGUCUGCCUCAGGGGUGCGUUCAGGCACUGGCAAACACUGUAUUAUAUCUGUCUAAAAAAGGCUAUAUGAAAUAGAUAUUUUGUAUAAUGUGUGAAAAAAGUCUUUUUGAUACUUUUGUAUCUAGAAGAUGAAGAGAACCGUUACAGAGUCAGAAUGUUACUGAUCAGUUUUAAAACAACCAAAUGUAAGGUCAUGGGAGAAAUCAAAUUCAGUAAAGUUUAAGUUUUUUUUUUUUUUGUUUUGUUUUUUAUAUUUGAAAUAUGUUUGAGGUAGUUUUUAAGAUGAUAUGCAUGGUCAUUGCUCACACUGACUGUAGGAAAUGCACUCACUGUUUUUAAAGCAGGUGUGACCAAAUAUUUGAUUAGAUGUCGACUGCUAUAACUGAAGGCUUUAUUGCCUGUAGUAGGGCUUCAUCUGUGCCAGCCUAUUCAGAUUAACUAAAUAUCUAAAGCUUUUUUUGUUUGUGAUGUUGCUCAUAAAUGUAUUAUAUAUACAGUAUACUACUGUACACUUCACAGCAUAUAUAGAAUAUAGUAAUAUUCAUGUACAGUUUGGGCUCCUUUUGUAUAAAGUUUUUAAAAGGUUGAUAUCUGUAGAUAUGUGGAUUUUGCCAGGUUUUCUUUCUGUAGCUAUUAACAGCAAGAAAAAAGUACAUAUGCUUGUAAUAAAGAAAAAGAUUUAAAUGUU